AUGAGUGAACAGCAAGCAACUGAAAAGUUGGAAGGGGUAGAGAGGCCGAUGCAGCAGCCGCAGCCGCAGCAACAGCAACAGCAACAACAGCAGGAUCGUUCCCAGCACCAGCACCAGAGAUAUCCCCGUGGUAAUGACCAGAGACAGGGUUACCAGAAAACGCAGAGAUCAAAUUCUAAGCAAUAUAACGGAAAUUACCAGAAUAACCGUUACAACAAAAAUGGAUACCAAAACAAGGGCAACCGUAACGGGGGCGCGAAUGCGAUGCAGUGGGCGUAUGGAUCGUACGGAAUUCCAGGACAGCCUCAAUUUUAUCCGUCUUACGGAUUUGGAUACAUGCCUCAAGUCGCACAGGGUUACCAGCCUCCACAGGCUCCAGUUUCUCCUGUGAUAUCGAGUGCCACGUCCAACACAAUGUCCCCAAGUUCGUCCAACCCAUCACUUUCCUCUACCCCAGUGGCAAAAAAAAUUGAAAUUACAAACCGAUCCGGAGAGCAUGUUGAUUUGAACGCUAUUCACAGCCAGCAUUUAGCUUCUACGGGAGGCGCUUCUGUUAAAGAAGUGCCAAAAGAGGCGGCUAAGUCUCCUGUAGCGGAGGUUGCAGUACCAGCUGCCGUUCCUGCUCCUGUUACUGAAGAGCCUAAAGCAUCCAAUUCUGUACCUUCUCAAGAAGAAAUUCUUAAGAUGAGUUUCUUAGAGCAAGUUAGAAAGCGGAAAGAGCUUUUGGCCAAACAAAAAGCCGGUAUUGAAUCCCCAGCCGCCACAGCGGAGCCAAUCGAGAAGCCUUCCGCUUCGGCUGCACCAGUCGUUGCUAAAGCCGAACCCGAAGUGCCAUCUGAGGCGGCUGCUCAAGCGCCUGCUGCCGAUGGAGAGGAAGGGCAAAAGUCUUUUCCCUCUCCAACCACUGAAACUCCAAAAGAUAACGAGGACACUACUCCUAAGGAACCUGUUGAAGUUCCAGUUAAGACGGAGGAGAAGAAGAUCGAUGACGAAUCUCACAAUGUUGAAGUCGCCGUUAAGCCACCCAUCUUGCCCGAAGAAGAAGAGAAGGAUGAUAGCGAUUCAUCCAAGCCUUUAACGUUUGCCGAAAAGCUCAAACUUAAAAAGCAAGCCGAAGCUAAGGUUGCUACAGAAUCUAAACAGGAAACUGCGAGCUCGACCGCUGUGUCUGGUGAGGAGCCCGCCGCGAGACAAGAGUUGGAUCAAGAAGAACCAGCUGUUGGCAAGGUUGAGGAAACCGACCAAGUCGCUUCUGAACAGACGCCAGAAGGACCGGUCGAGUCUGUUGAUGAAACCGCUACUACUGAGACGGAUCUCGCCGACGAAGCUAAGAAAAGUGACGAAGAAACUGAAGACCAAGAUAUUGACGAUGGUAAGCUCACCAUGACUGAAUUGUUGAAGAAACUUCAAGAGAUCCCUGUCGUUGAAGAUGUCUAUUCUCACAAAUACCCGGAAGGCGUUGAAGCACCAGACCCAAGAUACAGGCGCGAGAAGAUAAAGUAUACGUACGGCCCCACUUUCUUGCUACAGUUUCAGAACAAGGUCAAUGUCCGUGCUGAUGCUGAGUGGAAGACCGAAAUUGCAUCCAAGAUUGUGAUUCCGCCUGAAACUGGCCGAGUUGGUGGCAAGGGUAAAGACUCUAAGUUCGGUCCAGGCUCUGGCUUCAAGAAGAGCGGUUCUUUGAGAGGAAUGGAAGGCAGAUCUAACUCUAGGUCCUCUUCUAAAAGAAAGUCCAAGAGAAUGGGAGAUGACAGAAAAUCAGGCAGGGCAUAUACUUCAAGAAAGGACCGUGAAAGAAUGGCUGAAGAGGAGGCCGAGAAGGCCAAGGAAGACGUUGCUCCACUUGUCGCAAGCGCCAAUAGAUGGGUUCCAAAAUCUAGGCAAAAGAAGACUGAAAAGAAAUUUGCUCCUGACGGUGUAACAGAGCUAUUGGAGAAGGAUGAGGCUGAAAGAAAGAUGAAGUCCUUGCUAAACAAGUUGACUUUAGAGAAAUUCGACACUAUUUCGGAAGAAAUCAUUCAAAUAGCAGAUCAAUCCAAAUGGGAGAAAGAAGGUGAGACUCUCAGGGUUGUCAUUGAGGAAAUUUUCAACAAAGCAACUGAUGAACCUCACUGGUCUUCCAUGUACGCACAACUGUGUGGUAAGGUCGUCAAAGAUAUGGACCCUGAGAUCAUCGACGAGAACAACGAAGGUAAAGCAGGUCCUAAGCUAGUUUUGCAUUAUUUGGUGGAUAGAUGUCACACCGAAUUUCAAAAAGGUUGGACUGACAAGCUCCCUACCAAGGAGGACGGUUCUCCUCUCGAGCCAGAAAUGAUGUCAGAUGAAUACUAUGUUAUGGCAGCAGCCAAGAGAAGAGGUCUAGGUUUGGUAAGAUUUAUUGGUUUCCUUUACCGCUCUAAUCUGUUGACCGCUAAAAUGAUGUUUGAGUGUUUCCGAAGGUUAAUGAAGGAUUUGGCUGACAGCCCAAGUGAAGAGACUUUGGAGUCCGUCAUCGAAUUGUUAGGAACUGUCGGUGAACAGUUCGAAGGCGACAAAUUAGUUCAGCCCAAUGGUGCCCUUGAAGGUUCGACUGUGUUAGAUCAGUUGUUCUUCAUGUUGGACAAGAUUACACAAAGCGGCGAUUUAUCGAGUAGAAUCAAAUUUAAGCUUGUUGACAUGAAAGAACUCAGAGAAAAGAAGCAUUGGAACAACGCCAAGCGCGACGAGGGCCCAAAGACCAUUCAACAAAUUCACGAAGAAGAAGCUGCCAAAAAGGCUCAUGAAGAAAGAGAGCGCAGACUCAAGAGUGGAUCCAGAUCCAAUUCUAGGAGAAACAACUCAAAUAUGGGUCCAAGGAAUGGGUCUAGAAGAGAUCUACCCUCGAUGUCGAAAGAUAAUUUCAUUUCUACAAGGUCUACCUCUUUGAGGCAUGCUCAGAGUUCUAAUAAAGAGGAAGCUCCAGCUCCAAAGACUGCGACAAACAUGUUUGAUGCAUUAAUGGGACCCGAGUCGGAUGAGGACUAG